CAUAAGGCUGCGCCGCUACUGUGCUGUGAUUCAACUGGAGAAAGGAUAAAGUGUCCAAACGCAGAGAAAAACUCCUGCUGAAGCGACUGAUCUUCACACUGUUAUGAAGAUGGCGUUUAUUAAAGAGGAGAGUGAAGAUGUGAAGAUUGAAGAAACAUUCACAGUCAAACAUGAAGAUCUGCAGGAACAAACAGACCUAGUUGAAGAGAAUGAGGGGAGGAAAGAGGAGGAACAUCAUGUCAAAAUUGAGGAAAAAACUAAUUUACAGACUGAUGGUAUUUUGAAAAGGAGAGUCAAGAAUCAUUUCACCUGCACUCAUUGUGGAAAGAGUUUUGGAAGAAAAGGCGAUUUUAAAAUUCACAUGAAGAUCCACAAUGAAGAGAAACCAUUCACAUGCACUCAGUGUGGGAAGAGUUUCAACCAAUCAUCAUACCUUAAUCAACACAUGAGGAUCCACAGUGGAGAGAAACCUUUCACAUGCACUCAGUGUGGGAAGAGUUUCAUCCGCUCAUCAUCUCUUAAGCUACACAUGAUGAGCCACACUGGAGAGAAACCAUUCACAUGCACUCAGUGUGGGAAGCGUUUCAGCCAAUCAUCACACCUUAAUAAACAUAUGAUGAGCCACACUGGAGAGAAACCAUUCACUUGCACUCAGUGUGGGAAGCGUUUCAGCCAAUCAUCACACCUUAAUAAACAUAUGAUGAUCCACACUGGAGAAAAACCUUUCACAUGCACUCAGUGUGGAAAAAGUUUCAUCCGCUCCUCAUCCCUUAAUCUACACAUGAGGAUCCACACCGGAGAGAAACCAUUCACAUGCACUCAGUGUGGGAAGAGUUUCAGCCAAUCAUCACACCUUUAUCAACACAUGAGGAUCCACACUGGAGAAAAACCAUUCACCUGCACUCAGUGUGGGAAGCAUUUCAGACAUUCAUCAGCCCUUAAUCUACACAUGAGGAUCCACACUGGAGAGAAACCAUUCACAUGCACUCAGUGUGGGAAGAGUUUCAGCCAAUCAUCAUCCCUAAAUCAACACAUGAGGAUCCACAUUAGAGAGAAACCAUUCACUUGCACUUAAGCCGUGGUCACACUGGACUUUUCUCCCCAUAGACUUCUAUUCCUCUUCUUCUUUGGCUCUCGGCGAAGGCGGUCGCACUUUUUUCCCUCUCCGUCCCAUAUCUCUCCUCGCUAGCUCCUCUUGUCUUUGUCUUAUUCUAUCUCUGAGACUCUCCAUGCCCUGCUAUCCAAACAAAUAAGGAAUUAUGGAUUUGAUCAACUGGUCUCUGAAUGCGAUUGACACCAUCUUCUCGACGAGAAGUUUGGGCUCGGGAGAGCCCACCUGUCCUGCGGGGACGUUUGCAGCUGGAUACGUGAUGGACGGGUGAGAGAAGUGGCGCGUCCUGUGCCUGGCUGCUCUGUCUCUGAAGGAUAUUGAAGACAUUUACCUAUUCGGAACUUUGAUAACAGGGUUUCUGCUGAUGGGCUUAUGUGGGGCCCUGGCGUAUCGACGAAUGAUGAAAGCGGUCAGUGCUGCUCAAAACCCCACCAGGCUGGCCGGCUUGAUUGAAGCGCUGAUGGGCAGGCUUGCUAAUAAUCAUAUUAGAUCGCAAACUGGAAAACAUCGGGGUGAAGUUAGCAGCUUUGCAACAAAAUUUGGCCAGAUCUGGAGAAUGAGUGAUGGACAUUAAAUAUCUGUGAAAUUGGCAGGUAUUGACCUAAAGUUGAAGUAUCUUUCUACUCUUUCGGCUUCCCUGUGUUUUCUUUUCUCCUGCCAGACGGCCUCAGCUGGAGGAAAACAACUUCUCCCGGAUAGCAAGAUAAGGAGACGCUCUGAAAUUCCUGCUCCCCGUCAAGGACACCUGUUGGACUAUACAGGCUUACGCACACACACACACAGAUACACAUCACGACACUUCCUGGCCCCAAUCCAACGCCUUCGUAUGCUUUCACCCACUGGAGGGGGUGAGCGGGUCUGCGAUCAGCGCCUCCAUGGCUGCAGGACCUGAUGGCUGCCCGCCCUUACCGGACUAUAUCCACACCCCCUGUUCCCAUCCCCUGUGGCAAUGUUAUGUCUUGUCGGUGUGUUUUUGUGCUAGAUUGCUGGGGCUUUUUGUUAUCCCUGAUCUCACAUUGCUCUAACUUAAGAGCAAGGUGAGAGGGACUUUUUUGCCUCUUUUUCCUGAUUGUAUUUUAUUUCCUGUUCCACCCCCUGUGACCUGUCUUACCUGGAGUUGUGAUGUCUGUGCACGGUCGGGGGGUUCCAUUUACCUGCAUUUCGUUGCCUUGUACUUGUAUAUGUGUGAUGACAAUAAAUUGAAUCUAAUCUAAAAAAUUGAAUCUAAUUCAUACGCACGCAAAUGCAUCAGACCGGAAACGCAAGUUCGUGCAUCAAGUUUCGCAGUUUACUGUGUUGCAAAGUACAAGCUUGGUGAACUCUGACCUGCGAAAUCGCAUCACUUGACUGUGUGAGACCAAUCAAAGAUCAAAACAUAACCUCUCUGGACAGAAAUGUAAAAUAUGGACCAAUCUCUCGCUUUUUUUAAUGUCUAAUCAUCUUGUUUAAUUCUGCCCCUUUUCGCAGCGCUGUACAACAGAAUUUCGCAUGCUCAAACUCUAAUGUUACCUCACCUUCGGUGUGGGAUGAGUUUCAGCAACUCAUCAGACCUUAAUGAACACAUGAAGAUCCACACUGGUGUGAAAGAGCAUAUGUGCUGUGAGUGUGAGAAUACUAGUGUUACAGCUCCAAAAUUAAAACUGUGGACCAGACGAUUCACACUGUGACGAGAGGAUUAAUCAGUUAACACAUCUGGAAACAGAAGAGGAUUCACACUGGAGAGAAACUGUACAGAUCUGAUCAGUGUCUACAGAGUUUCGCUCAUUCGGCGCAGCUUAAGAAACACAUGGACAAAAAGUUGCACACAUGACAUGAAUGCAGCAAAUAUUUACUCAUGUGCAAAGGAUGUUUCAUGUCUGAAUAAUGUUUGAAUAAACGGCUGAGUGAUGGUAUACUGUUUUCCAAUACUCCUACACUGCAGUAGGUGGGGUUGUAAAUGUGUUGCGCUCCUCGCCUUUACCAUAAACACAAUGAUGGCGGCUGAAAGAAGAACAGUUUCAUAAACAUCUGGCAAACAGCACCUCUGCGGCAUAAAAUCUCUUUGCAAGUGAUUGUACAGGUGUAGAUGCAUCUGUACUCUACUCUCCAGUGCAUUCAUGUAGCUAGUGUUGUUUUGGAUGAUGUUCUCUGUCUGACUCCCUGAAUGAGAAACAAAUCACUGGGAAGACACCGCACAUCAAAGAAGGUGGAGCUCCAGGACGGUAAGUUUGCAGUAUACCAGGGCCUCAAGUUUAGAAAGCUCAUUCAAUUAUCCUGUGUUGCAUCUUUUAUUAGUAAAGUUUCUUUACUUUUAGGUUCAAGAUACUUUCUAGUUUACUACAUUUACUUUUUUGAGUAGAAUUCAAACUUGAUGAAUAUUUUAUGAUUUAGGCAGAGCGACAGGUAUUACGUUUUACAAUAUUAAUACACUGUGAUGAUCCCAAGACUCCUGAUUGGACUAUGUGGUAAACCCUGAUUGGAUGCCUGCAUUACUCAUCAAUGGAUAUAAAAGUUGUUGUGCUAGCUACCUUAGGAUGCUGUGGCUACUCUGGAGUCUUCAUGUCAAGACCUGCCAUCUCAUUGACUCUUUAACGUUAUGGUUUUGUUUUGCACUACUUGAAUUAAGUAGUUAAAGUGUUGUUGUGAUUAUAUUCUAAGUUCUUUAUUAUUAUCCCUAGACAUUUGUUGGUUGCUUUGAUUGAUUGUUCUAUGAGUUACAUUUUCUAAUAAAUAAUUUGCAUUCAGGCUAUUUUGUUAGCUCAUCUCUCUUUUAUGUUGCGACUCAAACAAGCGGGGUCAUAGCAUUUUGUAAAAUGUGUCCAGUUGUAUCUGAGAUCUUGUCCUAUCAUUCAUGACCAUAAGUGAGAGUAGGAGCCUAGAUUGAGCGGUAAAUUGAGAGAGCAGAGCACCUUUAGAGGUUUGUGGAGUGAGGUUUACCUGCACAGCCCUUCACUAGCUGGCCUCCGUUAUACCUGCUUAAAAGUGGUUGGGAAUGUGCCAGUGUGGAGUGAAGGAAGAGAGUGAAUUUUUCUUUAGAGGGUGUUGUUUGAUGGAGAUUUAGGCUGGAUUUGACUGCUACUUUGAGUGUUUUUUGGUGUAAAGAAGGAGGCCAGCUGAUAAGGAGUUGGUGGAGGAGGACAGAGCAGGGUAUAAAAGGUCCUGAAUAGUUUGCGGAUGUCUGAAGUGGUGGUAAUUUUGUUAUGGUAGUAUGGGUUUUGGCCGAAUGAAGUUGGGAGGUUAAUGUCAACUGGGUUUGGUACCUGCUAAGGUCAGUGGAGGCUUUUUGUUUUGUGCCAUGCUCUCUCUGUUGCCCUGGGUGCUGUUUGAUGUUAUCUCAGAACAUGCCCUAACACCAACCAUUCUCUCAAACCAUCCGACAGCCAGGGGUUAGAGGGAGUAGGGUGCAUUGGUCUGGUGGAGACAGGACAGAUGUCACCUAGGCAGGAUGUUAAAGUGGAACAGAGUGUUUCUGCUGGACUAUUUACAUGAAGAAGUGCGAACUGUGUGUGUGUGUGAGGGAAGAGAGGAUGUAACAGUGGAGAAGAAGUGUGUGGAGGACAAACACAAAUGAAUUUUUGAUAUCAGCAAUUAAGUCUGAAGGUAGCCUACAUUUAGUGAAGUUUCACAAACUAAUUUCGAGAGGAGCAUGUGAUUUGAUUGACCGCAGCUGGUCUCUCAUCUACAAUCAUUAGUUAGCCAAUCAGAUUAAACCAAACUCACUAUAAGAAGCUUAGCAAAAAAUGACUCCCUUAUCUUCGUUUUCCGAAGAAAGCUCUUGACAGGACUGCUCCAGCUCCUUCACAAGCUUGUAAAAUUCAACAUCUCUCAACAACCCAUCAACAAUUCUACUACCAUCAUCUGACUACAACAAAUCAACAACAACAACAGCAGCAAUACAAGAACAGCGGAUAUAACAAAACAGCAGCAUCAAAUAUACUCUCACAUCAACAAACAGCAACAUGGACAGGAACGAAAUCUCUGCUCUCCCAGAAACACCAGCCCCGGCCAAGCUCACCAAGCUCAGCCUGGAAGCCGACUUGAUACAGAGGCUCCAAUAAUUCAAUUCAAUUCACCUUUAUUUGUAUAGCGCUUUUACAAUGUAGAUUGUGUGAAAGCAGCUUCACAUAAAAGGUCAUAGUAAAUUGGAACAGUGUAGUCCAGUUUUUUAGUGUUUAAGUUCAGUUCAGUUUAGCUCAGUUCAGUGUGGUUUAAAAAUCCCUACUGAGAGUCCAAACACUGAAGAGCAAAUCCAACGGUGUGCAGCUCUACAGAUCCUGAACCAUGCAAGCCAGUGGCGACAGCGGAGAGGGAAAAAAAACUUCACUAAUUGGCGAAAGUGAAAAAAAAAAAACCUGAGAGAAACCAGACUCAGUUGGGCACGACCAUUUAACUUGUGCAGAGCUGCAGUCUUAGUGGCGGAGGCUUGAAGCUGGCCUCAGUGAAGACUCGUCUGUCCUUGGAGCGUCACAGGAGUCAGUCUCAUGUUCUCCACCCCUCCAUGACCACCACAGUAGCUGCUCAGGAUACGGCCUGGUCCAGGAUAUGAAAACCUUGGGAUCAUCUCAUCGUUGGUCUUGGAUCGAUUCAGUGACUCUGCAUAGUCUGAGGGCCUCGGGAAGAGUAUCCCCAGGUGGAAAUGGAGAAUAAAGAGAAUAAUUAGCGUAGCUGCUGUUCAUAGUGUAUAUAAACAAGGUGCAGAAACCUCUGUGGAAGCCCGCUAAGUGGUGCACUGAGUGUAUGCUUUACUAAACAGAUAGGUCUUUAAUCUAGUUUUGAAUUGGGAGAGUGUGUCUGAGCCUCGGACGUUAUCAGGAAGGCUAUUCCAGAGUUUAGGAGCUAUAAAUGAGAAGGCUCAACCUCCUUUACUCGACUUUGCUAUUCUAGGUACUACCAGAAGCCCUGAGUUUUGAGAUCUUAAAGAGUGAGUUGGAUUUUAGCGAGACAGAAGGUUGGUUAGAUAAACAGGAGCUAGAUUAUUUAAAGCUUUAUAUGUAAGAAGCAAUAUUUUAAAUUCAAUACGAGACUUAACAGGCAGCCAGUGUAAGGAGGAUUAAAUUGGGGUGAUGUGAUCAAAUUUUCUAGACCUGGUAAGAACUCUGGCAGCUGCAUUUUGUACUAAUUGAAGUUUGUUAAUAGAGGAUGCUGGGCAGCCAGCAAACAGUGCAUUACAGUAGUCUAGCCUAGAAGUCAUAAAAGCAUGGACUAGCUUUUCUGCAUCUGGUAUGGAUAGCAUACUUCGUAACUUAGCAAUAUUUCUCAGAUGAAAGAAAGCAGUUUUUGUGACAUGGGAUAUAUGAUUUUUUAAAAGUUAAAUUGCUGUCUAAUAUGACACCCAGAUCUUUUAUAGUAGAGCUAAUGCUAACUUUGUAUCCCUGUAAUUGUAGGUCGAGUUGUGAUAUCUGCUGUGUACAGGAUUUAGGCCCAAUAAGUAAUAAUUCUGUUUUGUCUGAGUUUAAGAGAAGAUAAUUUUUGGUCAUCCAGUCUUUAACAUCUUUAAUACACUCAGUUAGCUUGGACAGUUUAGACAUCUCAUAAAGUUUAGUUGAAAUAUAUAAUUGAGUAUCAUCUGCAUAGCAGUGAAAGCUGAUCCCAUGUCUUCUAAUAAUGUCUCCCAGGGCUAGCAUGUAUAUUGUAAACAGCAAAGGGCCUAAAACGGAUCCUUGAGGCACCCCGUACUUUACUGGGCUGACUUGUGAAUGCUGUCCAUUAAUAUUCACAAACUGGUAACGGUCAGCUGAGUAUGACUUAAACCAUUGUAGAGCCUGUCCCUGGACACCUGUUGACUUUAAGCGAUUUAUGAGGAUACUGUGGACAAUGGUGUCAAGUGCCGCUCUAAGAGUGAGUAAAUCUAAUAGCGAGAUGCACCCUUGGUCAGCAGCUAAGAGUAAAUCGUUGGUUAUUUUCACCAAUGCAGUUUCUGUACUGUGAUGAGCUCUGAAACCUGACUGAAACAUUACAAAAUCAUUGUUCGUUUGCAGAAAGGAGCAUAAUUGAGCAGAAACAACUUUUUCUAGCAUUUUAGACAUGAACGGAAAAUUUGAAAUAGGCCUAUAAUUAGCUAAGUUGCUGGGGUCCAGUUGUGGUUUCUUAAUAAUAGGCUUAAUAACAGCUAGCUUGUAAGGAUUUGGAACAUGGCCUAAAGAUAAAGAAGAGUUGAUAACGUUAAGAAGAGGUUCUAUAACAGGUAGCAAUUCUUUCAGUAAUUUAGUUGGAAUUGAGUCCAACAUACACGUAGCUGGUUUAGAGCCAUUUAUAAUUUUAUCUAGCUCUUCCUGUUCUAAGAUUUUAAAGCACUGUAGGUUAUUUUGAUUCGGUGGGAUGUUAACUGGAUCUGAUGUAUAAGGCGGUACAGAAAGUUUAAUAUCUCCUAUUUUCUGUCUAAAGCCUUCUAUUUUUUUCUAUUUCUGAAGCCUUCUAAGUCAUCACUACUAAUUUGCGGUGGAACAUUUUGUUCCAAAGAUGACCGAUUAUUUGUUAAUUUAGCGAUGGUGUUAAAUAAGAAUCUAGGAUUGUUAUGAUUAUUUUCUAUCAGUUUGCGGAGGUGCUCAGCCCUGGCAGAUUUUAGAGCCCUCCUAUAGCUGGACAUACUGUCUUUGUACGCAAUUCUAAAAACUUCUAAAUUAGUUUUUUUCCAUUUACGUUCCAGGGCACGGGUUGCUGUUUUGAGAGCGGGGGUAUGACUUAUACCAUGGUGUAGUUUUAUUCUCUCUAGCCUUUUUUUAGUUUGAUGGGUGCCACAGUAUAUAGAGUGCUAGUAAAGAUGGCAUCCAUGCUGCUGGUUACUACAUCAACUACGUCAUUUGCGUUUGUGGGUGCAUUUCGAAAUAAAGAAAGAUCAGGUAAGUUAUUUAUAAAUUCAUCUUUGGUGGAUGGAACAAUAGUUUUACUAGGGCGAUAUAUCGGAGCGGAUCUGCUAAUUUCAGGUAAACACAGCUUAUAUAGUAAGAGGUAGUGGUCUGUAAUAUCAUCACUUUGUGGUAUAAUCUCUACAUCAAUGACCUCAAUUCCGUAAGACAGAAUUAGAUCUAGUGUAUGCUUUAGGCGAUGGGUUGGUCCAAUAACGUUUUGCUUUAUCCCUAGUGAAUGUAGUAGAUCCAUAAAUGCGAGCCCUAAUGUGUCGUUAGCAUGAUCUAUGUGGAUGUUAAAGUCUCCUACAAUUAGUAUUUUAACAGUUUUAACUAGUAAGUCAGAGAUAAAAUCAGAAAACUCUUUUAGAAAAUUGACAUAGGGUCCUAG